AUGUCUCCAGCGCAAUUCCAAGGUAUCGAAGAAAAUAAGAAUGUUGGAAAAAUGGAUGAAGCUGGCCUCGAGGCGAAAAACAGCAUAUUUCCAAUUUGCAGAAGUCCACAUUCUGAUUUAUUUUCAACAAAAAAUGUCAAGCCAAGCCCCUGGCAGUAUUUGAAUAAUUUAGGACACCGUCCCACCUUCAUCAAAACGAGUGACACUGCUCAGACUGCAAGCUCAAACUAUCCCGCAUAUUGUGCUGCUUUGCCACCGUAUUCGCAGCCGCAGCGACUUCAGAAUGCUUGGAUGAUGCAAGCGAGCAUGCACACAUCGCGCGCUGAAGCUAACCCAUCAAACCUGUUUUUCGAGGGAAAUCAGCGCAGUCAGCUAGAGCAAGGAGCAUACGCAGCGCUUAUGUCAUCCAGAAAACGGCUUUCGAAUUUGUUGCAUCGUACACGUCAGAAAGCAAUGUUUCCUUUGAUGUGCAAUAUCUGUGGACAGUCCUUUGCGCGCGAUGAUGAGCUGCUGCAGCAUCAUAAGCGGUCCCAUAUCUCUAAACUCAAGUUCACGUGCCUGCUGUGCAAACGUUCCUUCAAAAGCUACAAUGUUCUACGACGACACAAAAAGAAGGUGCACGGAACUGAAACCUCAAACCAGACAGAAGGGCCAAUAAGCACUGAUUUGGGUGAACCACUGUUUAAGUGCUCCUUGUGCGACAACUACUACACGCUGAAAGGGAACUGUGCGCGGCAUGAAUGGAUUAAGCAUGGACUGCUGCGAAACAGACACGGUGUCAAUUACCCAAGUAAUUCAUCUAGAAUUCAGUGA